GUACGACAACAUCAACAUGCUCUUCCGGAUCGCAGAGGCUCGAAUGGGAUCCACUGGCAAGGACGCCCAGCAGAACGGCACCUGUGCGACUGCGUUUGCUCUGUACGAUGCGGACCCAGAGGACAUGCUCACCUCAGACUACAUCUCUUCCUUUGCCCACGCUUCACCUCUCACGCUUCGCGACAUCCUCCUCACGCCGACCGAGAAUACGGCGUUCACCGAGCUCAUGCAACAUACCGUCCUCUCCAUCGUUCUCAACUAUGGUGGCCCUGCUUUCGCACGUUUCAAAAGUGCUGCCGACUCCUCUGCUGUGAAGACCGCCGUCGACUCCAAGAUACCAGUCCAUACAACCGAGGUCUUCCCUCUCCCGACUAUGGAGAUCGAUGAGUCGACCAUUGUAGGCAAUGCAGAGGUGACCAGGUCAAUGUUCUCCGCUGUUGGACUCGAUAUGGCCUCAGAUUCGUUCACCCGCACGGUGAAGCUCAUUGCGGGUGAUCAGCUCUCGAUCGCACGCAUCCGCUCGCUCACUAGGAACCGUGCUGGUCAUGAUAGCUUCGCAAACUCUUACCUCUGGGCGGUUGUCAUGCCCGGGAUCUUUCAUUACAAGAUGGCUGCGACUCACGGAUUCAUGGAGCUCCAUUAUGGCCGCAACACCAGCCCCGGCAACCCUGGCUCUCUCGCAUUCCACAACAACCUCCUUGAUCGCAAACCCAUUGUCCUCACUUCCCUUCCCUCAUUCCGAGAAUCCCGCGACUUAAUCUUCGUCUCACUCUAUGCGCGUGUCUUGCGCUGUCUCGAGCUCGUCAGUGGCUCCGAGGAUCUUGACGAGUAUGCCCAAAACACGACCCUGGAGCAGCUCCGGGACCACUGUGCCGAGAUCGUGCGCCGCUUCACGGACGGCAAGUACGUCGAUCAGUUGCGCACUGCCCGGACUGCGGAGAUGAGAGAACACGUAGGGAGGACGCCAUUGGCGGCAGAGGGUCAGUCUAGCAAUAUCGAGCCUAAUGGUGAGCCGGAUGUUUGCCACACAUCAUCAUCAUUCGCCACGACACCAGCCACGGCGAACACGUCUGCGGCGUCUAUGAUUACGGAUGCAGAUCGUCCCGACAAUGAAGAGCCCCACCCACCCCAACCAACCCAAGGAGACAUGGUCCUCGAGAACGCAAUUCUGUUCCUGCGUGACGCCCUCAUUAUGAGGCUCCUCACUGAUGCUGUCAAAUGCGGAGACUCUGGACGUCUCGUGCUCGUGCUCAAGGUCCUAGCGCUGUACUACCGAGGGUGUGGGCGUAACAAGUAUGCCUUGGAGGUCCUAUUCCUCGUUCACAACCUCAAACACGUCUGGCCCGAACCACUCAGGAAGAUCAUUAUGAGCAAUUGGCUCGUGAAUCCGACUGGAAAGGCGAACGCGUGGGUCGAAGUAGAUCUCCUUCAAGAGCACUUCAAUUUUUGGAUCAAGACUAUCUACAAAGCUCACGGCAGCAACGCGUCUUGGGACUGGUUGGCUAUGAUAGCCCCGUGUAUUGACAUCCUCCGCCGUCUCGCAAGCCAGAUGCAUACGCUCCUCGGAGCGAAGCAGGGCACGAGUCACACGAGCCCGAGUCUUGACAAGGACAUAAGUCAACUUGUGGCUUCGCUGCGCCGGUUCAACGUCUACGAGCUCCAGCCAGGCCGCGAAAUCGACGAUGGCACGGAUAACUCAGGUCAAGUGGCUGAUUCCUUAACUCGGGGACUACAGCGCCUCUCGGAGCCCCUGGACGAAUUCAACAAGACGUUCGCCAAGCUUCAGUCUCGCUGCAAGGCUGCCCCCUUGCUUGGUGCGAGGUAUUCCAACUUCGGCGGCGGCGACUCCGAGUCGGAGAGCCGUGAGACAGUCGAUCCUCAUAAGUCGCCGCCAUCGCUCGGGAUCACUGGCAAAGUGGUCGCUCCUGCCGACGACGCACCGGACCCUGGCGAUUCCGGCUCGGACGACGAAGACUUCGCGAAUGAAGACGAAGAUGAACUUGAAGACCUGGAGCCCCAAGCUUUCAUGUCUCUCGAGACGGCGGGCGAUGUAGCACUCGACAUGGACAUUCAAGAGGACUUGGUAUUCGAUUUCUAACGUGUAAUACAGUACAGAGACAGAGUUCCAUGGAGAUAUUGUCCUUCGAGAGGCUCAGACCAC